AUGGGCCCUCAAAGACAUCUUGGAAUUUACAUUGCAUUUGAUUCUCCAUCCAUAAUUAGAUAUCUUGAACCCCUGACGAGUGAUAUGUUUACAGCACGCUUUGCGGAUUCCCGUUUUGAUGAGACAAUUUUGCCGCUGUUAGGGGGAGAAAAGGUGUCGCUUCCUGAAGAACGGCGUGAAAUUACAUGGAAUGCAUCAUCAUUAUCUCAUUUGGAUCCACAUACAAAUCAAAGUGAAUGUGAAGUUCAAAGGAUCAUCCAUUUGAAAAGUAUAGCAAAUCAAUUACCGAAUGCCUUUACUGACAUAAAGAAAGUAACAAAAUCUCAUAUACCAGCUAUAAAUACUCCAGCACGGAUUGAUGUCUCUGAAGGUCAAUAUGAUAGUACAUUAAAGGUAUGCUUGAAGCGUGGUCGUCCUGUUGGUGCUAAAGAUAAAAAAUCCCUGGAAGAAAAGGACACAAGAAAUGUCUAUUCUAGAAGAAGAUAA